GAACAGUUUAUUUCUGAAGAUUUUCCACUUAAAAAUUUCACACUAAGGUUGACUGUGUAUAAGUCAAAUCCAAAAUUAUGAAACCGCCACACACCCCAAGUAAACUUGGGCAGUUUUGUUGUUGAGACAAAAACUCGCUUUAGCCUUGCUGGCCUAGAACUUAACACAGAUCCUCCUGCGUCUGCUUACCAGUCCUGGAGGUAAAGGUGUGCACUGCCAUGUCACCAUGGUCAAACACUUGGGUAAAACUUUACUUCUUAUAUUUGGUGGAUAUUUAUUUUCUGCCAGAUGUAAAUCUCCUAUUCUAUAGGCUGUCUCUUCACUCUGAUGAGGUUUCCUUUGAUGUGGAAACUUUUAUUUUUAUUAAUCCCAUUUGUUUAAUUCUUAAUUCCCGAAUGACUGGAGACCCAUUUAGAAAGUCCUUGUUUGUGCCUAUAGCCAGAUUAUAUCUGGAGAGAUAACUCAGAGGUUAAGAGCACUGACUGUUCUUAUAUAGGACUGGGGUGGGUCCCAGCACCAAAAAUAAUAGCUCACGACUGUCUGUAACUCCAGGUCUAGGGGAUCCCACUUUCUCUCUUUUGGCUUCCUAGAGCUCCUAUAUGCAUGUGAUAUGUAUAAAUUCACAGGCAUAAACACAAAUAUUUAAAAAUAACAAAUCUAAAACUGUGUACUAAGAGAUAACCCAGUCAAUAAAUGGACCAGUGACUCAAACAUUUCUAAUAGCCUCAGCCAUCAAAACCACACUGAGUCUGCAUCUUAUCCCAUGUUAUCGUCAAGGAAAUAAAACAGAUGCAAAGGCUGGUGGAUGGAACAAGGAUCUGUAUUUAUAUAUGUAUAUUUGUGGGAUAUGAAUUAGUCUAUAUGCUGUGGACGUCAUCAUUAAGAUUUCUCACAGAACUAAAGCUGUGUAUCAUCCUGCUAUAAUACGCUGUAAUACGCUUGGGCAGUAUACUCUGAGCUAUCACUCAGCAUCAGGUAAAAAGACCUCAGUGUUGGAUAUCUUGUUUAGACUCUGAGUAUUCACAUCCCAGAUUGUGAUAUUGCCUUAGGUGCCCAUCAGUGGAUGAAUGGACAAAGAAAAUGUGAUAUAAGUACAUGCUAUACAUAUACAAAAAUGUCAUUUUGAAACCAGUGUUUUAUGCAGUAUUUUCACCAAUUAAAUUCAGUAUAUCCAGAAAAGUAUAAGACAUAAUAUAGGAAGGGAACAGUGAGUAUGGAGGGGGAUGGAAGAUGGCAAUGCAAUGAAAUGUGAAGGCACAGAGCAUUCUUGUCUACCUGAUAUACUAUUUACAAGCUCCUUUGUUUUGGCACAACAUACAUAAUGAAUAGGUUACUUAAAAUGAGCAUGUUCAAGUAUACAAACAUAAUAAACUUACUGUUUAUUUUAAUGCUAGGAGCCAACCCAGGCUCUUAGUCAGCAUGCGACCCCAUCCCUGCCUGUGAAGUUUAUUCUGUUUUAUGCUUUUUAGCUUUUGCUCAUUCCAUGUGUUCUUUGUGUAAAGCAACUUACAACCAGUAGUUGCUCUCCUGUAAAUCAUUUUGAUUAUUUCAUUGGGAUUAUUUUUUUGUUUGUUUUUAAUACUGUCCUCUCUCAUUAAGCUAUGAAGAUGGACAUCCCUCCCAGUCUGAAUCGGAUGUUCUUCAAAGACAGACAUUCACAGCCUCUCACCAGCUUCCUGGAUAUGCCACCACUCCUCAAGCAACUGGCAUGCAUUCCUCAACAGCAGCUGAGCUGUUUGUUACAGGACCCUUGCCAACCAGCGGAACACUUCCACCACCGACUUUGUCUGCUUAUCAGCAUCCAGCUUCCUUUAGCAACAGAAACUUUGCAACCACCUCACCUUUGGUGCUUCAAGAUUCAUCUUUUAACACUACAUCAAAUGGAAUUUUAAACCCUCAUGACCCUUUGCUACAAAUUAAGACUUCCCAGGGAACUGUCCCGACUGCUUUGGCAUUUGAGCGUCUGGGCAGUUCUGCAUUAAGUAACAGCAUACCACCUCAGUCUUCAACAUAUCGCUCGGCCCAAGAGUCAGCACCCCAUCUUUUACAACCUCAGUUUAGUUUGUUGCCUUCAACACUUGGGGGAGCCCAACAAACCCCUCAAGCCUAUAGUUCAGCUCUUUUUACUAAUUCUGCUGCUUCCAUUGAAAGAGCCCUUCUUCGAGAAUGUAGUGUUAUUAAACACCACCAGCGGCCUUCAGUUACCCAGUCUAUUCAGGCACAACUGACUGGUUCACAGCAUCCCUUACAUAGUUACCUAUCAAGUGCAAGUAUUGGCAAUUUUCAGGAAACAUCUAGGCAGUCGUCUUUAUCCUGUAGUUCAGUCCGAGAUUCUACUCAGGUGAGCAAUGGAGUAUUGCAGCAGAAGACCCCUCAGGUCUCAGCAGAACUUGCCCAGUCUUAUUCAUCUGUAAUUCCAUCAUCAGGGUAUCUUCCUUCUGCAACAAAAGUAGACAGCUGUUCUACAAAACAGCCACUAACAUCAACUACAAUUCCCAAGCCUCAAAGUGUAAUUCCUCCUGUGCAAACACUAAACUAUUCUAAACCUUUACAUAACCAGAGUUCUGUAAUAUCAGGUCAAGCACAAAUUUAUUCAACAGCACAGCUACCAAGCCUUUUAUCAGUUAGUCAGUCCCAAAAUUAUGGUUCAGUACAGCCACAUGGUGUGCCGUCCAUCGUUCAUUCACAGGUUUACAGGUCCAGCAGGGCUGAGAAGUUGCCACCCUUAUACAAAACAUUGACUUUUCCUGGGUCAUCUCAGCCAGUGACCUCUGAAAAUCAGACACUCAGUUAUUCAUCCAAUCAGCAAGAAGUAUUAUCUUUAGUUACAAAUGAGAAUUACCCUGCUCAAACAAGAGACCUGUCUUCAGUCAGUGAGUCUCAAAAUUAUUCUUCUGGUCACUCUCAGGGUUUAUCAUCAGUUAGCCAAACACAGGUCAGUUAUUCAUCUCAGUCACAAGUUUUAUCAGUUGUUAGUCCUUCAGAAAGCUACGCAUCAGGACAGUCUCUGACAUUACCAGCCCCUUCUCUUUCUUAUUCUUCUGCCUCUCGGGGUCAGAGCUUGCCAGUUUCUACCCCAACACCAAAUUAUCCUUCUAUGCAUUCAUCCCCAAAUGCUCAGACACAAGGAUCUUCUCCUCCUCAGCCCCAAAAGUUUUUGCCUGUUGUGCAGUCAUCUUUUGCAUCCUCUUCUCAUGGUCAGACUUUACAAAGUAGCAUAGCUUCCCCUAAUUCAAAGUCUUAUGCUGAGAGAAAACUUGACUCAAAUGUGUAUACAUCUUCAAAGCAAGAUGAUUUUCCAAUGCAGAAAUUACAAGCAUUGCAGUCACAAGCAUCUCUUGAGUCAUCAAGCCAAAGGCUACCCGAUGGGGAAGUGAAUGCCCAAGAGUCAGUUUAUAAGACAUCAAAGGCAGAUGAUAGGUAUUCUCAGAGUGUAACCAGAAAUAACUCCCACCUUGAAGAUCAAGUUGUUGGAGUUGGUCUCCAGGGUUCAAAACAAGAAGAAAACAUGGUUGGUUCAAUGACACCGCUUAACCAGCAAAGCAGCCAACCCAAUACUUCAGUAGCCCCUGAUCUUAAGAAGUCAACUAAUUUAAUGCAGACUCCACAGAUAAGGUUGAAUACUAAAGACCUCACCCAGCAGCAUUCUCUCAUGCACAAGAUGCAUGGAGCGAAGGCUCAGCAACAGCAUGAUCAAAUGAUCAGUGCCUCACCUCAGAUACAGGUUCCAAACCAUGCUUUAGGGCACAGUCAUCAGGCUCUUCCUAACGCACCAGUCCUUGCAGACUCUGCCUGUCACUUACAGAUUCUUCAGCAGGCUGGGAUGCUACAGGCGAGCCUGGGACAAGCAAAGGCAUCCUUGCAAGUGCAGCGUGUUCAGAGUCCGCAACAGAUAGUCCAUCCUUUCCUUCAGAUGGAUGGCCAUAUCAUCCAGAGCAAUGGCGAACAUCCUCAGCAGCAGCUGCAUGCCCAGAAUCCUGACGUCAUGAAACUAGACCUCCCUGAACCUUCAAAACCAUUGCAGCAGCUGACAACCAAUCCACAGGAUUCAAAGAGUCAGUUUGUUUCUCUUGGAUCAAUAUGCUUCCCAGAGGCAAUGCUUCUCAGUGAUGAAAGAAAUAUUUUAUCAAAUGUAGAUGACAUCUUAGCAGCUACAGCAGCAGCUUGUGGGGUUACACCUUCUGAAUUUUCCAAAUCAGCUGCAAAUGAAACCAUGCAAGAUAUUGAAAGUAGUGAUUCUAAGCCUCAUUAUCAGCAGUCAUUAGAUGUCAGGCAUGUGAAUUCAGAUUUUAACUCCAUAACAGCUACAGUAGGAAAGCCACAGAGUAUUAAUGAUAUUUCCUUAAAUGGAAAUCAGGUUAGUGUAAACCUUUCAUCAGUACCCACCCUUCAGUCAGAAACAGUCCUUGAUCAGCCGCAUAUGGAAACAUCUAGUCAAAAUAUACCAACUAAAGUACCUUCUGCCAUGGUUGGACUGGGUCAGGAAAUCCAGGAGCAAAGUUCUGACCCAUUCAAGAAACAGUUGACUAUAAACCAUGAGUCUAAAGAAGACAGGGAAAUGGCUGUUGACAGUGCAGUGACUAAUAACAGAAAUCAAGAGUUUGUCUCUAAUAGUCGGAGCAUAAGUGGAGAGAGUGUGGUAUCAGAGAGUGACUUUACCCUAGUAGGUGAUGACAGUGGUAUGUUGGUCAACCAUAGAAGGAGUACACUUGCACUGCUGGCCAUGUCCCAGCCAGGGGAUGCAGCCAGUAGCAAGACUGAAGAUGAAAAGCAAGAUGUAACAUAUUUUAACCUUCCAAAGGAAAAAGCUAAAGGAAAAGAACAGGGUAAAGAGGAAGAAGAUAAUCAGAAACAACUGAAAAAGUCUGCUCAGUGCAAGCGACAGAACCCCCGAGGGACAGAUGUCUAUUUACCAUACACUUCCCCUUCCUCAGAAAGCUGUGAUGAAGGUUUCCAGCAUCAAGAAAAGAUGAGGCAGAAAAUCAAGGAAGUGGAGGAAAAGCAGCCAGAGGUCAAAACAGGAUUUAUUGCUUCCUUUUUAGACUUCCUGAAGUGUGGGCCCAAGCAGCAGUUUUCUACCCUUGCCGUUCGAAUACCUAAUAGGACCAGACGAUCAGGAACCCAAGUCACCCGUACCUUCUGUCCCCCACCAUUUGCAAAGACAUCACCUGCAGCACAUGCACUGUUACCAUCUGAGACUGGAGGGGUCAAUCUAUCAGAAAAAGCUGACAAUGAACUUAAAAAUUUAGAACAGUUAUCUUCGUUUUCUUCUGAUGAGGAAGAUUCUGGCACGUGUGGCCAUGAUAGCUCUAAGAGCACCUCUGCUCCCUUAACUGCGUUGGAUCCUACUUCCGAUAAAACAAAGAAAACAGUUUCAGAAACUCUACCUGUGGCAACUCCUGGUGCAUCUGCUGAGACUGCUGGUGUCACUCCCACUCCCUCCUCUGUUGUUGGUACAGUUAAACAAGACCUUCACUUGACUUCAGUAGCUGUCAACACUGUGGAAAACGCCAACUCCACAGAACCCCCCACAGCCAUCGAACUUGAUAGUCUUCCUUCAGACCAGUUGGCGAAAGGACAGGACACAGUUGCAAUAGAAGGUUUUAUAGAUGAGGAAAAUGUUGAAAGUGGAGGUGAAGGCCAAUACAGGGAACGUGAUGAAUUUGUUGUAAAGAUAGAAGACAUAGAGACCUUUAAGGAGGCUUUAAAUACAGGGAAAGAGCCCCCAGCUAUUUGGAAAGUACAGAAAGCUUUGUUACAGAAAUUUGUUCCUGAAAUUCGGGAUGGGCAAAGAGAAUUUGCAGCUACAAAUAGUUACCUUGGGUAUUUUGGAGAUGCAAAAACUAAAUACAAAAGGAUAUAUGUGAAGUUCAUUGAAAAUGCAAACAAAAAGGAAUAUGUCAGAGUGUGUUCCAAAAAGCCAAGAAAUAAGCCUUCACAAACUGUCAGAAAUAUUCCAUCUAAACCAAGUAGUAUCAGUAAAACUUCUGACCCACCAGUAUCAAAAACUACAACUAUAAAAGCCCCUUCUACAAAACCCAAAGCGAAACAGCUCAAAGUAAAGGCUGAGCCACCACCAAAGAAAAGGAAGAAAUGGAAGGAAGAAUUUUCAUCCUCACAAUCUGAAUCAUCUCCUGAGGUCCGUUCUAGCAGUAGUGAGGAUGAGGGCUUUGAGCCUCCAGCUCCCUCUGUCACCCGUUUUCUAAACACAAGAGCAAUGAAGGAAACUUUCAAGAGUUACAUGGAGUUGCUCGUCAGCAUUGCUCUGGAUCCUGACACCAUGCAAGCCCUAGAAAAGAGCAACGAUGAGCUUCUUUUACCACAUAUGAAAAAAAUAGAUGGCAUGCUGAAUGAUAACCGGAAAAGACUGCUUGUGAAUCUUCAUUUGGACCAGCCGUUCAAGAAUGCUUUGGAAAGUUUUCCUGAACUGACAAUUAUUACUCGAGACUCUAAAGCAAAGAGUGGAGGAUCUGCUAUUUCUAAAAUCAAAAUGAAUGGCAAAGCUUAUAAUAAGAAAACUCUAAGGACUUCUAAAACAACCACUAAGUCUGCACAGGAAUUUGCUGUUGAUCCUGAGAAAAUACAGUUAUAUUCGUUAUAUCAUUCACUCCAUCAUUAUAAAUACCAUGUUUAUCUGAUUUGUAAGAACGAGAUAUCAUCUGUACAGAAAAAAAAUGAAGAUUUAGGACAGGAAGAAAUUGUUCAACUUUGUAUGAAAAAUGUAAAGUGGGUGGAGGACCUAUUUGAAAAAUUUGGAGAACUUCUAAAUCAUGUACAACAGAAAUGUCCCUAACAUUUCCACAGAGUCCACCUUUUUAUAGCACUAAUGAAGUGUGGAAGGCCAUUGUCACAGAUCAUCCAGUCCUCUGGCAGAGGGGAACUGUGACCAGACAGUGAUGCUGCCACAGAAGCAGUCCUUUUAUCCUAAUGAAUGGUUUUUCUAUUCUGUAAACUGUGGGUGACUGUAACAUUUCACACACAUCUUCUGUCAAUUGAUGAAGCGUGCACUAAGAAUAAUUUUACUGCUAGAGAAAUAACAUUCAGGUGAUCUGACUUUCCCCCAUGACGUGUCAGAAGUGAAGAAGCAGCAGAGAGCGUUCAUGUCUGGCCACAGUGCACAAAGUACUGUACGCUGUGGAAGGUGAUCUGCUGUGUGGCCUCUCGUAUACAAAUGUCUUCAGUUUAAGCAGGAAGCUCAGACGCUGCACUCUGCCCUAUGGACUCCUUUAACAUGUCCGGGAAAAGGUGUGGAACUGUGCAAUUCUGUGACUGCUUUGUGUCGAGUUACAUUGUGAUGGAAAAAAAGUAACUUACUAUUUUCCCUAUUUCAAAGAAAAGUAUUUUUGUUUAUAGUGUGUUUUUCCUUUGGAAAUUUUUCAAUUGUACAUUUUAUUUUACUAAUAGUUGUAUUUUUCACAAGAAAAUGUGGUUUUAGUUGUUCAAUCUGUACUUCAUUGUUCUCAGUAGACCCUGUGUGGGUACAUGUCAUUUACAUUGUAGAUUCUGUCUGGAAGGGGAAAUUUUUGUUCAUACCCUUUUGCCAUAGAAUAUUCAUUCGGUGCUAGUAUUAGUUUAGCUUUAUAAGUAGGACUGUGUGAAACACUGCAUUUACUUUCAUAUUUCAUAAAAUAAAUUUCUUACCAAUCUAGCACUUGAUUUAUAAUUGAUUUGUCAACAUAAAAAUUAACUAUUGCCAGACAUAGCAGUUCAUGCCUUUAAUCCCAGCGCUUGGGAGGCAAGGCAGUCAGAUCUCUUGAGUUCAGGCCAACCUGGUCUACAUACUGAGCUCCAGGACAGUCAGAGCUACACACUGAGACAUUGUCCCCCAGUACUCCCCACUCCCAAAAUUAACUACUGAUGCAGCUUGGUAGCCCAGUGGGUAUAGGCGCUUGCAGCCAAGCGAGAAAACCUGAGUUCCAAGACCCACACUGUGGAAUAAGAGAGCCAGCUUCUGCAAAAGUCAUGUCCCCACAUACACAGAUGAUCAGGCUGUAUGCAGUGUUCCACACAGCUCUACAUAAACACACACAUACACAGAUGAUCAGGCUGUAUGCAGUGUUCCACACAGCUCUACAUAUACACACACAGAUGAUCAGGCUGUAUGCAGUGUUCCACACAGCUCUACAUAUACAUAUACACACACAGAUGAUCAGGCUGUAUGCAGUGUUGCACACAGCUCUACAUAUACACACACAGAUGAUCAGGCCGUAUGCAGUGUUCCACACAGCCUUCAGAACUGGAAGUGGGGUUCUCCUUCGGUGCCUUUAACCCGUAAGCACACUAGUGUAGCUUUCUUAAGUUUGAUAGAAUUUCAAGUGGUUUAGCUGAAACAGUGAAUGUAUUAGGUUCAACAUGACCUUGUGUUGUUUAUUUUUGUUGCCAACAGGAUGCCUUUUUGGGAAGAUUUAGAAGUGUCAUUCUGAACGGUCACCUUUUUUAGGAUUCUGGAGCAGUUGUAAAUCAUCAAACCUUUGUUUAUUUUACCACCAUUUAGUGCCUUACUCCCUAUCUAGAAAGCAGUGUUACUGUCCAGUGCCCAAAUAAGACAUGCUUACAUGGACAAACCUGUUGUCUUGACUUUUGAGAACAGACAAUUCUUACACUUAAAGCUUCAGUAAGCUGACAAGAGUUGAAGUUAACAUGCCACUUGGUUUAAAAAUGAACACUGUCAAUGAAAAUGAAUAUCCGAGUUAGGCUUACAUAUUUAUUUCUGGUGAUUGUCUUAUUAAAAGCAAUAUCCUUAGCAUUUUUGCCUGCUGCUUGACUCAGUGGUACCAAGUCAUGGGAAUUCUCUCCAGGGUCAAAUGUUCCAUUUUUGAAGGUUUUUUAAAAACCUACUUUGAGAACAGAAGCAACCUGUUAGGCUUAUUUUAUGUAAUGGCGAUGCUGUUGGCAAGAGAAUGAUGGGGCUUCAUUUUAUAAGCCGAGGAGAGCGGACGCAGCCGUAUUCCAUCUGACAGCAUUGGCCCUGGACACAAUAUCUUUCCAAUGUGGAGCUGACACACCUCUAUGCCUUUACCUUCAUCUUGAAUUAAAUAUAAGGUACAUGUUUGAACCUUUUCAUGAAUAAAUCUCUUAAGGUUAAUCUUAUAAGAAAUACCCAUUUCUUUAUUGUUUUUGUAGUUUAAAGCAGGGCCUCACACCCUAGCCCAGGCUGGUCUAGAACUCACUGUUUAGGAGUUGGCUCCAAAUUCAUGGCACCCACCUGUCUCAGCCCCCAGAAUAUCGGGACCCUAGGCGUGAGCCACCAUGUCUGGCUUUCCACUUCUUGAGAGCUGCAGUCGCCCUCUGCCUGUUCACAGCUGCAGUCCUGCGUAAGCCAUUUCACGUAGAGAAGACCAGGUCCUGUGAUCCUCCUCCCUCGAGACCCUGCUGUUUAGAUGCAUUUCACCUCCCAUUUAUUCUUAUAGUAGGAAAUAAUCAGCCUCAGGCCUUAGAGGAAAGUAGGAUUAUCUCAUGUCCUUUAUUCUCUAUAAGAAGCUAAAUAAAUGUUUAGUCGGUUAGUGUUCACCAGGGAAUCUGAAAUGUAUGAUAUACGAAAACAGUUAGGUUGUAGACAAAGAGGUGAAGCACACGUUGACUUAAGCUAGGAAAAUGUCAAGAAAGAUUGGAGUCUCCUGCCUGGAGAGAUCUGGAGGGUUGGGGGUUGUAGCUCAGUGCUUUACACUUGGCUAGGAUGUCUGAGGCCCUGGGUUCCCUCCCCAACCCUCAUCCCUCAAGCACACAAGAUAUCUGGGGUAAUUUCAUGUAAAAGUUAUUCUCUGUUGAUACCCCAGAAAACUGGUUGCCAAAGGGGCCUCCUUGCCAUUUUGAUAUAACCUAGUUACUACUUGAUCCCUAAUAAAUCUAAAUUUAUCGUGAUUUAUCACAGUAAGUUGAACUAGAAACUAUCCAUUUUCCUAUGGUUUUGCCAAAUUGAAAAUAUUGGUAAGAUAGAUAUUAAUCGUUUUAAAAUGUUUAAUAAAUUUUCCUAUUUUUCAAAGUUCUAAAUUUAUUUAAAUUUCUAAAACUUGAAAUUUUAUAGAUGGGGUUAUCCAUUAGGGCUAUUUUCAAAGCUUCACAUUUUUAAGCUAAUUGUUUUUUAUUAAUUUACUGUUUACUUUCCUUGGCAGAUAAACGCCAACCUGCAGCUCUAAAGAUACAGCUGUACAGCUGUUUCUGUUUUUGUGGGUGUCCGUCACUGCCUCAGAUGAGUGGUUGGAGGAAGGGUCUCCUUCCCGGUUUCCUCACAGUUCCCUCUGCACUGCAUCCCCAGUGAGAUCAGUGUGGGGGUUACUGAGAUAGCUGUGUUUCAGGUGUAGGUAACAAAGCUUAGUGUUUUAAAUGUUUAGUUUCACAAAAAUGCUUUUCAAGUACAGUGAAGUAGCCCAGGAGAUGCAUUACUCGGACACACAGCUCUUGACAUCUGUGUUCACAAGUGCAUGUUUUUGGAAAUUACCUCUUGAAAAACAACUAAGGCUAAGGAUACAAAAACCUGCAUUUGUAGUAGUCCAGAAUUUUCCAUUGGUCCAUUAUACCAUGUAUGGAGAGGUGAAGACAAUUUUGUAUAUUUGUUACUAACUCAGAUCAUUAAAGUGAAAACACUUUUUUUAAACAAAAA